GAAAUGGUGUCCCCAAGAAUAUGCGUCUCCCUGCUUCUACAUGCCUUCCUCUUCCUCAUCAUGGCCGCCGCCGAUGAAGAAGACAAUCUUCUUCAAGGAAUCAACAGUUUCCGGCAAUCUCGAAACUUGAUAGCAUUGUCCAAGAACGACAAUGCGGAAUGUAUGGCGGACGAAAUUGCCGAAGCAUUGGAAGACAAAGCUUGCACCACCAUGGCAGGUCCCAGCACCACCACAAGCGCCACCCAACCCCGCUACGCAAACUAUGCCGAUGUCCUCAACAAAUGCAACAUCGAUAUCAACACCACCGCCGAUGGUGUCAUUUUGCCAGUUUGUGUGCCUAAGCGGGUCCCAACCCUUGUGCUUACAAACUAUACUCAAUCGUCGUAUGCUACUUAUCUCAAUAAUUCCAGGUAUACUGGAGUUGGGAUUGGUAAGGAACAUGAUUGGGUUGUGGUGGUGCUAACAACCGACGCUCCUAGCGGAACCUUUUCGAACGUGGCAGCACCAAGGCGUGGUUCGGUGGUUCAUGUGAGCCAGGGUGUAGCGGUUUUGAUGGCGGUUUGGUUUGGAACUUGGUAAGUGAUGGGUUGUAGCUAGAUCUGGGUGUAAUUAAAGAGGUUUGUGUGUGCUUAGACUUUAACUUAAACUUGAAGAAUAUAUGUGGAGGAACAUGUGUUUUAGUACUUUGGCUUCUA